CACAACACACACCAUUUCGUUUUAUCUUCAUUCUCAACAGAACCAGCUCUUCCUUCUUCUUCUUCUUCUUCUUCUUCUUCUUCUUCUCUUCCACGAAACGCUUCAAUUCACGAGACUAAUCAUCAUAACUGAACAUUGUUUGAGGAUCUGCUUCUUUUCCUGAUUGAAUGAGAUUCAUCUCCAUAGAAAAUUUGCCGGAGAUUGAGAUAAUUUCAUUGUGAUAUUUAUUUUAGAGUUGCUCAAGAUUUUGAAGAUUUUGAAGUCUGAACUCUCUGCUAAUCUUGAUUACAGGAACAGAAAGAAGCUCUGAAAUGUCAUCAUAACCUGAAUUUCACAAAUAGAUUUGCAUUUUUCCGAAGCUUGAGAAUUGAAAUCCAGGAUCGUUUCCAAUUUCCCCCACAACAGAGACAGCAGAAUCAGAUUCAGGAAAUCGAACAAUCAGCUCCAAUUUCCUCUUGUUCGCUGUAGUUUCAGAAGGAAUUGAAAGUGCAAAUUCACGGCAGAGGAAAGAGAUGGAUAAGGAGGCUAGCGGCGUUAGAGAAAAACCCGCCGCCGGAGGCGACGGUGGUUCGCUGCUGCUGAGGGCGAGUUCCGAUGGGAUGAGGCAGAGUGGAACGACGUCGGAUUUGGUUUUGCAAUGGGGGAACCGGAAACGGCUAAGGUGUAUGAAGGUGCAGGUGAAGGAUAAAGACGACUCAACCGGUCCGGUUCAGAGAACAACGGUUCGGGUGGAUCGCCGGGUCGUUCGAACCGAUAAUAACAAGGAGCCUUUAAAUAAGCCCACGAUUGGUUCAACUUCAAACAGUUACAGUAUUAAUAACAAUAACAAUAACAAUAACAAUAAUAAUCAGCACCACCAUCAUAAUCAGAGUAACGGGUACCCAAAUCUCCGUCAACGUCCCUCUUCGCCGCCGCAUCGGAUUCUCAGGAACUCGGAAACUUCAAGUGCUAUGAGAGGAGGAGGAGGAGGAGGACAAAGCAACGGGGUUGUUAGGGGAAUUGCCUCGCCGGACAGGGGUGGUGCGCACGAUAAGAGGGGGACCCACAACAACAACCACCUCAAUGACAAUAACAAACCCGCCGCUUCAUCUGAUACCGCGCACGAUAGCAAGAAGGGUGGAUCGUCUUCCGGCAGUGGGGACGCUGCUCCGCCGGUGUGGCCACCCAAGUUCGUGAUUGCCUUGACUAACAAGGAGAAAGAAGAGGAUUUUCUCGCCAUUAAGGGCUCCAAGCUGCCUCAGAGACCCAAGAAGAGAGCUAAAUUCGUACAACGCACCCUCAAUCUAGUAAGUCCAGGUGCAUGGCUAUGCGAUCUUACCUUAGAACGAUAUGAGGUUAGGGAGAAGAAGGUAACCAAAAAGAGACCAAGGGGGUUGAAAGCAAUGGGCAACAUGGAAUCGGAGUCUGAAUAGAGAGCAAUGAGGAGAGAGCGUUGUUGUGAAGGAUGGAUAUUAUGAUAAGAUAUCUCCAUGUGCUUUACGUUGGCUAUAAAGCAUGUAAAUGUUCAGGUGUUAUAAAGCAUGACAUAGCAUGGCUUCCAGCUGCGUGCCAACAACAAAUCGAAAUCAAAGUAUAAGUGUUUUGCUUUGCCAUUGCUUAAUUUCCUAUCUUUACCACUGCUAAAUUUCCUGGUCUUGAUGAUUCAUUCACUUAUUGUCUAUGAUUGUGGAAAAUUGCUUCUGAAUUACAUAAGACGAUAGAAGGGUCAGUUGUUUAUUGGGCUUA